GAGCUGCCACUCAGCUGAAUAGAAACACCUCUUAAGCGAGGGCUUUUAUACUUUUCUACAAGUGGGAAUGUUUUCAUCUGUGCUCGCUCUGGGACCAGACAGGGGUUUAGUUGUGGUGGCUUGCUGAACACUGGGCAUUGAUCAGGUCAGAGUGGGAGGGCAGCAGGCGUGAUCACAGAGCCUCCAGUGAAAACUGUGUGAGAGAAGUUUAUCUUGGCGCUGCAGUUUCCUCAGUGGUUCAGGAGAACAUGGCCUCUUCAUGAACUGAAGAGGCUCAGUCAACAAGUGACUCUGGAUCGACACUGCUGUGGGAGAUGAACCGUACAAGGCCCUGAAAUCUAGACUAGAAACCUAAUUCUGGAGUCGGGAGCACUGUUGGGUACUGUGUCACAAGAUCUAUGCCGAAGCUAAGAGUCUCCCCAGCCUGCUCCAGGGCUUUCUCUUAUAUACAGUGAGCUGUGUCCUGACCCUUUUUUAUCAGCCUGCAGUGGAUACGACACAACCUUUGGGAAUACAAACAGUGAAUUCAUGAUCAAUCACUGUUUCUAUUGGUGUGUCUCCUGGUUUUGUGGAUAAAACUGAAUCAGUAUUGGUGAGCCAGUAUGGGGGACUGGAACUUGCUGGGGAAGCUGCUGGAGAGUGCCCAGGAACACUCCACCGUUGUGGGCAAAGUCUGGCUGACAGUGCUAUUCAUCUUCCGCAUCCUGGUGUUGGGAACUGCCGCUGAGAAGGUGUGGGGCGAUGAGCAGUCCGGCUUCACGUGUGACACCAAGCAGCCCGGUUGUCAGAAUGUCUGCUAUGACAAGACCUUCCCUAUUUCUCACAUCCGCUUCUGGGUGAUGCAGAUCAUCUUUAUCUCCACACCAACUCUCAUUUAUUUGGGCCACAUCCUUCAUCUGGUUCGCAUGGAGGAAAAGGAGACACAGAAAGAGAAAGACCUUGCCAUCCAGAUUGAAAAGCAGCAGCAGGUACUUGGCAACAAGGCCAAGAAGGCCACAAUUAAAGACAACCAGGGCCACGUGCGUUUGCGUGGCACACUGCUGCGAACAUACGUCUUCAAUAUUAUUUUCAAGACCUUGUUUGAAGUGGCCUUUAUUGUAGCUCAGUACUUUCUGUAUGGUUUUGAGCUCAAGCCGAUGUACACCUGUGACCGCUGGCCUUGCCCUAAUGUGGUGAACUGCUACAUCUCCCGACCCACUGAGAAGACAAUCUUCAUCCUCUUCAUGCUGGCCGUGGCCUGUAUCUCCCUGUUGCUCAACCUGGUGGAAAUGUACCACUUAGGUUUCACAAAGUGCCGCCAGGGCCUUCGUUACAGACGAUCCCAGGCUGCAAGUGAGGCUCCAAAGGCCCUAACUGAGGCCGUCAUGCCCUUUGUCCCAAACUACAACUACUUUGCUGGUCAUCCUGAACCUUUUCCUACAGAUUCAAAGUACAGCAUGGCAGAGCCAAACUCUGCUUACAGCCCAUACAACAGCAAAGUGGUUUACAAGCAGAACAGAGACAAUAUGGCUGUGGAGAGAAAAGGAAAAGCAGAGGGAGAUGAUGUGAAGGAAAGAAAAACCUCCACUCCUGCCUUUGAGUUGCCCAUUGAAAAUCAGCGUCGAAACAGUCAGUCAAGCAAGCACAGCACUAACAAGAGCAGACUGGAUGACCUGAAGAUCUAGGGACCUUCCUUGCCUCUAAGCAACACUCAGGAACCACAUGUAUUAGGCUGUGAAAAUAUGGAAGGUUAUUAGGAACAAAACUACCGAGAGAGUACAAAACAGACCAUAGUUGUAAUCAAUUUGUAAGUCUAGAUUUGGGAACAGGGCCAGAUUUGUAAAUGUAGAACUAGUAUUGAGUGCAAAAUCUGGAUUUUUUUGAGAACUCCCACAGUACUUUUUAAUGUGAGAGAUUAUUACAAACUGGAAAAACCCAUAAAUGGCUCUUAUGGUCAUAUUUUAAGUAAUCUAAUUGAACAGUACAGAACAAUCAGUGUGACGUUACAGACAAGGUUUAAUAUGAUGACACUAAGCUAAGCAAGCCCUAAUUUUCACUCAAAUCGCAGUGUUAAUUCCUCACAAUUCUUUGUUUGCACUCAAAAACAAAAAAUAUGUGUCUACAAACUGCCUACAUUUUCUGAAAUGUUGACCUAUGCAUUAAUAAAAACUAUAUUUUUGCACUCGCUCAAUAGUUUUGGCAUUAAUGAACUUCCAUAUAUGUGUGAUAGGGAUGCAGGUAACAUGAGAAUUUUGUUUACAAGUAAUUUACCUAGAAAUCAAAAGCAAAAAAAACAGAAUAAACCUCUUAUUGCAGUUUGAAUAUGUGAAAAACUUGGGAGAGACAAACUCCAGCGUUUGUCAUGCUUCUGUAAAUGUGGAGUGCACACAACUAAAAGGUAAAUUAUACAUGUAAGAGCCAUGUCGUUUACCAUGAGAGACUUCUCAAAUGCUGUUAUAUUUUCAGGAGACUUGAGACAAGUGUUUCCAUUGAACAUUUAUCAAUAUGGAUUAUCUAUAUAUAUUUGUUAUGAUAUGUAAACAUCCACAAACAAACUACUAUACUUGCUUAUUUGUGACUUUGUAAUUUGAUUAAACCGAUGUGCAGCAAACAA